UAUCACAGUUAAAAACACAGUGGUGGUCUAUCGGUUAAAUCAAAAUGAGGGUAGUGUACACUCUGCCUUUCAUCCUAGCUCUGUGCUAUGGAAAUAUAAUAACCCGAAGAGAUUCUGCCCACGAACAAGAUUGGUGGGAAUCUACCAUUUUCUACCAAAUCUACCCUAGAUCAUUCGCCGACAGCAAUGGAGAUGGCAUUGGUGACCUGAAUGGAAUCACUUCAAAACUGGAAUACAUCAAGGAUCUAGGUGUGGAUGCCAUCUGGCUGUCUCCCAUGUUCCAGUCGCCGAUGUAUGACUUCGGGUACGACAUAUCCGAUUUCUACGCUGUUCAUGAUGAAUACGGCACAAUGGAGGAUUUUGACAACCUUUUAGAAAAGGCUAAGGAACUUGAUAUAAAAGUGGUGCUCGAUCUUGUACCUAAUCACACAUCAAACGAAAGCGUCUGGUUCCAAGAAGCUCUUAAUGGGAACGAAAAGUAUUACAAUUACUUCAUUUGGGAAGAUGGUGUUAUCGAUGAGAAUGGGAACAGGCAGCCACCUAAUAAUUGGUUAAGCCAUUUCCGAGGCAGCGCGUGGGAGUUCAGAGAAGAAGUAGGACAAUACUACUUGCAUCAAUUCGUCAUUGGUCAACCAGAUCUUAACUACCGCAAUCCAGAUGUUGUUCAAGAAAUGAAAGACAUUAUUCGUUUUUGGUUAGGCAAAGGAGUUGCUGGCUUCAGAGUGGAUGCAGUCAAUUGUUUGUUUGAAGUUGACAAAGAACUUUUUAACGGAGCGUAUCCUGACGAACCUCCUUCAGGCAGAACUGAUGUAGAUGAUGGUUCAUAUGAUUCUUUAGACCACAUUUACACGAAAGAUCGUAAUGAAACUUACUACAUGGUGUACGAAUGGAGAGAUGUCUUUGAAGAAUUCAAAGCACAAGAUGGCUUGACCAGAGUUAUGAUGACUGAAGUUUACGCAAAAAUUGAAGAUGUAGUAAAGUACUAUGGAGAAGGGGAGUUACUAGGAGCUCAAAUGCCUUUUAAUUUCGACUUGAUUACUGAUGUUGAUGCAUCAUCAUCUGCAGCUGACAUCAAGAGAGCCAUUGACAAAUUCCUUACAUACAAACCUGUCGAUAUGCCGGCUAACUGGGUGGUUGGAAACCAUGACCAGCCAAGAAUGGCUACCAGAUACGGAUCUUCAUUGGUUGAUGGAAUUAAUAUGAUCGUUUUGUUAUUACCAGGAGUAGCAGUAACUUAUAUGGGUGAAGAAAUUGGUAUGGUCGAUGGUUACGUCAGCUGGGAGGAUACAGUUGACCCAGCAGGGUGUAAUACAAACGAUCCCAUCAACUACGUCAUUCCAUCUAGGGAUCCAGAACGCACGCCAUUUCAAUGGAAUGCUGAGAAAAAUGCUGGAUUUUCAACCGCUGACAAGACAUGGCUGCCGGUAGCUGAGGGUUAUGAAACUUUGAAUGUGGAAGUGCAGAAAGCAGCUGAUAGAUCUCACAUCAAAGUAUACAAAACAUUGGUUGAGCUGCGACAAGACAAGGUUUUCCGAUAUGGUCGCUUCGAAUCCCUGGCUUUGAACAAAGAUGUAUUUGCUUUCAGGAGAUGGCACAAUAAUAACGCCUACAUCGUGAUCGUGAACAUGAGAGACACGGAGUACACAAUCGACUUGACAUACUUCGAAGAUGUCUCCAAAGAUGUGAAGGUCGUCGUGCGUAGCAUACAUUCUCCCAAGGCAGAAGGAGACAAAUUCAAAGCCAACGCUGUCCCUGUAGCUGGUUAUGAAGGACUUGUCCUCAAAUUAUAAUGAACGAAGUGUUUGUUAAAUAAUAAUAACGCAAUUGUAAAUUAAUGAUGUUUAUAUGUAUUUAUUAAAUGAUUAUGAAUAAAUAUACUCUGUAUUUUAUUGA